CAAUCCAUCCACCUCCUGCAGAUACCUUGUCGGAACUUCAGGGCCGAAAGCGACACGUCUCGACUACUAUCGACGACGGCUGUCGUACGCGAAUACUACAUCCUUAAAACCACACUCUUUGUCCGUAUCUUCCCAUCAUUCUGUUCUGCCCUCUGUUGUUGGUGCCCGUUGCGGAUUCGAGUUCAUCCAUUCGAAUUCUCCCACCUGCGACUGACAGUUUCGACAUCGACCCACAACCGAACCCUGUCUUCGACUUCAGAUAGUAGUUACGAAGACACAUCUUCCUGCAUUACAUUGGUGGCUUCCGCAACAAUGCCGACUGCAGGCACAAUCGGAGGCUGGGUGGUUGUCGUUGCCGUUGCUGGUUCGUUUUAUUGGGUGAACAAUCAAAGAAAGAACAAGAACCGUCGUGCGGUAGAUACUAAGCAAUCGGGCAAGGCUAUCGAGAUCAAGAAGGAUCCUAAGAGCAAGAAGCGCAAGGAUACCGGACAGAGCAGUGGUGACCAGAAAACACCAAAGAAAUCGUCCAAGGUUCAGGCCAAGCCCACUGAGGAGGAUGUAGCUGUUACGACCGCAAGACCAUCUGCCGAUACUGAUGGCACCGAUGUCGAUAAUCGAGAAUUCGCUCGGGCUAUGGCCAAUGCGAAGACAGGCACGAUUACGGCUCCAAAGUCGCAAACAAGUAACAAGCCAAAAUCUGUCAAACAAAGCCGAGCACAGGACAAGCCAGUUGUCGAGUCGACUUCGGCUCCCUCUUCCACCACUGGAGGAGAUGCUGACGAUGAUCAAUCACCGAUCAAUUCUCCUGAGUUCAGCGCAAGCGACUCGACGGCACCCAUCGCCAGUGGUGACGUUUCUGACAUGUUGGAGAAGCCGGGAGAUGCUCCUUCGGUCCUAAAGAUCACCGCCCCGACCAACCCCUCUUCUGCGAAGCAAGUCAAGCCAAAGGCAAGUUUCGAACCGGCUGAGACAAAGAAGCAACGUCAAAACCGCAAAAAGGCCGAAGAGAAGAAGGCCGCACGGGAAGCUGAGGAGAAGGAGCGACAAGUCCUGCUAGAAAAGCAGAGGCGCACUGCGAGAGAAGCGGAAGGAAGAGCAGCAAAGGACGGUACCGCGUUCAUGGCCGCUCAAGCACCGUCAAAGUCUGCUUGGACCGCCCCGCCAGAAGUCAAUGGAAGCAAGGAAGCUGCUCCUGCCAAACCUGUUGAGCUCCUCGACACAUACGAACCCACCAAAGGCAAAGUGUCCACGAAGCCAGCAGAAGCUGUGUACUCCGAGAGUGAGGAGGCUGGCAGUCGGCUCGCUAAGGAAUAUGCCUAUAUGACUGAGGAUGAGCAGAUGAGAAAGGUGAAGGAAGACUCCGCAGCGUGGGAGACGGUCAAGGCAAAGAAAGGCAAGAAGUCGGAGAAGUCAGGACUCAAGGACGGAAAAACCUCCAAUGACAAGCAAAGUUCUGCCAGUGAGCAAAGCGACUUUGGAGUUCCACCUGUCACUGCUCCCACCGUACCAGGCAAGAAGUGGGGCAUGACGGUUGUUCAUGUCGACAAUGAUAGCAACGUCGUCGAGCGAGAGAUGGAAGUCCAGGAUUCAGAAUGGGAGGUCGCUUAGGUUUCACCAUACAACACUUGACGCGUCUGGCAGAAUUCGUGGUGCGCAUUUCCUCUUGCAUUUUCUCGCCUACAAUUGUACAUUGAGGGCAAUCUGCUCCAUCUUGCAUAUCAUCGGCAUUGGGAUUUCGUCGAGAAUCGCAUAAGGCCUCUUCUUUGAUUCUUCUCUUUCGGUAACUGGCAGGGCGUUUGUGGCCGUUCUUCUUCGCAGUACAACACAAAGAGGGUAUCAAAUUUGCUGGGUCUGGGCAUUUUCUCUACAAAAGAUCACAUUUCAUCAAGCCACCUCACCUGUAUAUCAGAACCAUGCUUUGCUGAGCAUGCUGCGGUUCAUUCUCACUACAUACAAAACCAUACCAAACAAAAGUUCCCAAUGACUUUAU